AGAAGAACUGCGCUUAGAAGGCCUCGAGCUGUAAUUUUUAAACGCUCCAUGUUUCUCCAGGGUUACAAACUCCUUCGUUAACCCUAAUUUUUUUUGUUUAUUUUCCCAGCCUUUGUGCUCGUCGUUCGCUUUAUAUUCCAGCUAGGAGUCCCCCCUUUCUUAGUCUUCUUCUGUCUUUAUACGUAGGGAUUGCAGGCAAUUCUCCUCACCUAAUUAAUUUAAAGAAUUUGCAAUAUUGUUCUCGAUUCUUGUUCAUAUCAACCCCCGUGCGUUCUUCAGAUUGUACUUGAUAUGGAUACCGGCUCCACCAGUUCCGUCUCCUACCAUGUGUCGUGCGCCUCAGAUGCAGACGAGUCGAAAUACCUUAAAAGGGUUCAAUACCUUCGUUGGGUCCGACUUGCUCUCGGGAUCAUCAUCUUUGGCGUCGCUGUCUCUAUCAUAGGAUGUGAAGCAGUCCCCUUCCAGCAUUAUCGAGCGACAUCAGCAUACGGCAAGGUCGGGUUAUAUCUCUGGCCCUUGAACUUCGACAUCCGUCCGACAGUCGCAUCGCUGUCCUGUGGUUGCAUAAUUGCAUUUCUGAAUUUGACAUACACUGCUAUCGCCCUUCUCCCUUCUCCUCACGCACAUAUCAGACGCCAAAACCUCGUUUCCACAGCCAUCGCCGUCUCCGGAUUCCUCACUGCAUUAGUGGGACUCAUAUUCGCCAUCCAUCUCCCGAACUCAAACCCUCCAAACGGGUUCUCGAAAGUAGAAACCCUCCACUCAUGGACCUGCAAAUGGAAAACGGUGCACGGCCCACUGUCAUCGAAGGUAGAUGACACCGUCACUCCGCCGCCUGCUCAUUUUGCGCGUGACUGUGCUCUCACUCGGGCGUCUUUUAUUCUGACAGGGCUGGCUGUCGGGUUGGCGAUUCUGAUGGGGGUUGCGGCUGGUGUUGGGGUUUGGUUUGAGAGAAGUGUGUCUCGGCAACGAGAACAGGAUACUUCUCCGCUGAAGAAGGUGACUAUUAUGGCCAAGUAUCCGAGUAUUUGAUGCUUUUGGGUUGGGAUUAGGGGUUGGGAUGGGUUUGAGGCCUAUGUGGGAGUUGGCACAUAUUGCUGGAUUCAUUGUUG